GUUUGUGUGUGUGAAGCAGGAUGUGGCAUGUCGCUCACAUCAACUGUUGAACAAAUGCACAGUUCCCUAUGGUUGGCGCUAAAGGAACCGAAACUGCUUGUUGUCAAGGCCAGGACUGAGGCUGCUCACUUUUGCAAGACUAUAAUACACCUCCUGAUCUACUGAGAUUUCUUUGACUGAGAAGACGUCCUUGAUUUAAUGGGUCCAAUCAUCGGGAUGUCGCCGGAUAAGAAAGCAGAAUCCCCGGGCGUGCUGGCGGAGCGGACGGACCUGCGCGGGGUUUGUGGGACGUUGCCCGAGGCCGAGUGCGCCGCCAGCCCUCUCGCCACCAGCUUGGACCGCAGCUCCAGCUCAGGAGACGAAGAACUCACCAACCUCAACUGGCUCCACGAGAACCUGCUCCAGAACUUCACGCUGGGAGGCCCCGAGGCCCAGUCCAGGCCCAGUCCGCUCUUCGAUAUCGAGGGCAACCACGGCAGCUCCGUCAUCUCCUCGGCGGCAUCCCAUGGCGGAGAGUCUGUAAAGUCAAAGCCGCCGUUUUCCUUCUCUCUGCUCAUAUACAUGGCCAUCGAACAGUCGCCCAGCAAGUCGCUGCCGGUGAAGGACAUCUACGGCUGGAUUCUGGAGCACUUUCCCUACUUCUCCAGCGCCCCUACUGGCUGGAAGAACUCGGUGCGGCACAACCUCUCCCUCAACAAGUGCUUCCGCAAGGUGGAGAGGAGCCUUGGGAAGGUUAAUGGCAAGGGUUCUCUGUGGUGUGUGGACCCUGAAUACAGACCCAAUCUGAUCCAAGCCCUGAAGAAACAGCACUUUCCCACAGCCCACUCCUUCUGCACACCCCCUGCGUCCCCACCCAGUGCCUUCUCACCCGCACGUCACCUCUUCCUUCAGGACUGCUCUCUGAAAGAGUCUGACAUUGAUGCCGCGACUGCUAUGAUGCUGUUAAACUCUGCCCCCGGACACCACAGUGACCCCUGUGACCCGGACAGCCCUAUAGACCUCUCACGCCCGGACUCGGUCCUAGUGAGCAGCGACCCAAAGCAGGACCACAACUACAGCAGCUCCUCCUUCCAGCGCUGCUCGUCUCGCUCUUCCUCGUCCUCCUCGUCCUCACUGUCAUCCCUAGACGAGGCAGGCUGCGACUCCGGCCAGGGCCGCCGCGCCGGCAGCGAGGGUUUCCACAGCGACGAGGACUCGGAGGAGGAGAGGAACUCACGCCUGCCCUCGCUUCCCGUUCGCCGCCCGCUCACCGUCAAGUGCCCUCUUCCGGGUAAACGGGCCCGCCACGAGUCCAAACCGGAACUGGACGAGGAGUUGAAAGAGGCGGCCGGGUCUCUCUUACACCUGGCCGGGAUCCGUUCCGGCCUGGAUCUCUCUAAGCGAACGGCCAAGAGUAAAAAACUGGAAAAGCACCGAAAAUGAAGCCGAAAAAUCCCUAGACUGUGUAUCAGUGACUGUGCCUCCCAUCAUGGAAACCCUCUCUCUUGUUUUGUUUUUUUUAUCUACAUUUUUCAUUUUAUAUGAGAGAUUUUCCCUCCCUGACUCAAACUACGGCAAUAGCGACUUUCACGCGGAGGUGAACGAAGCCAUACUGAGACUUUGGAGCGCGAAUGGAGCCGUUCAGGAUUUCUCUCAGUGAAGUUGGAUAGGGAGAGACUGAUGUGUUUUCUCUUAAACGUUUGCAUGCUUCCUCUUUAGGUGAGUGUCCUACUCUUCCAAGUGAAUCUGUGGCGUUUCUACAGAGAACGAGUGCAUGUCCGUGUUGUUCGAAGCACUAACCUCUCCCGCCGUCCACUUUGUGAACGCGCUCCAGAAAAUGGAAAACGAGAAUUACGUCAAGAGUUCCCAGUUUUUUGUUUUGUUUUUGAAGUACACAACAAAGAAAUGCAAUAAUUAUCAUCAGGCGGCUGGCGUUAAGUUCUUUCUCUUCAUCAGAGGCACUGGAUAUCAUUGCGGAUGGCAUGCAGAAAGGAUUUAUGGGUAACGGAUGACUUUUUUUCUCCAUCAGUCGUGAUAUUUAUGGGGUAAAUCUCAUGAAAAUACAUCAGGGUCACACUUCACUCCAGAAUCAAAAAGAAAAAGAAAUUGUUUUGCACCCAAAAAUGAAACUUCUGUCAUUAAUUACUCACCCUCAUGUUGUUCCACACCCGUAAGACCUUCAUCUUCAGAACACAAAUUAAGAUAUUUUUGAUGAAAUC